AAUGCACUGGGGACGCUGUUAUUAAAGUCUGGACAUCAAACAGCGCUCCUACUAGCCUGGAGCUGGACUGUUUGCCCAUGGAGCCGAGGACAGAGACUGUUUGAUGCUGUGCUCCACUUGUAGCCUGUUGGGAUUAAAUGUGUUAGACCAGGCGUGACACCUCAGUAUUCAGCUUGCGUAGCAGAAUUUGUUGUUAAACUUGAUAGAGAAACGAAAUGUGACAUUCUCGGUGGUGGAGCGACUUACGAACCUCAUGACAUCGGACUUGGGCUGACAUUUUGAUGUGUUGUGUUACACAGACAGAAUUUGGCCUCAACCCUUUGAACAAUGUGGAAAGAGUUCCGGCCGGUCACCGUGAAGGAGAUGAUCCAUGUGGUGUUGUCGGAACAUCUCACAGGGAAGGUCUACAACUCCGAAGAAACCACAGAGCUCACAAAAACUAUCUCAGAUGAAAUAAAGACAAAAUUAAAAGACCUGGGCUAUGACAGAUACAAGUUCAUCGUCCAGGUUGUUAUUGGCGAGCAGAGGGGAGAAGGAGUGAAGAUGGCGUGUCGAUGUUUCUGGGAUUCAGAUACAGACAACUAUGCUCAGGAUAUUUUCAUGAAUGAUUCCAUAUUCUGUGUGGCAGCUGCCUUCGGUGUGUUCUACUAUUGAAAUCAACAACGCCUUCACCGUGUCAUUCUGUUAUUGACAAUUGUACAUUGCUCUACAUUGACUGAAAUGCACCACAUCGUUCAAGGAGUCUGGGAAUUGCAGCAGCAUUAUGCAUCAGAAUUGAUAAAUAGGAUUGCCUGAUGCCCGUGGACACUAUAUUACAUGACAGGGCAGACUUGUUAACAUUUAUUACCUGUUAAGAAAUAUAACAGCAGAUGUUCGUUGGAAGAUGUAGUGUUAGAAAUAAUGCUUGACAAGCAUGUCCUGUGUCAAGGUUCUGUUUCAAAGAACAGAAAGGUUUAAGCACUUGGGCUCUUUGCAAACAAUUCUAUUAAGCCUAAACCCUCAAGAAACCUGUGUGCCUCCUCUUAUGCAGUGAAAUUGUCCAGAAACCUUGUUUAGUGGAUCAGCGUUAGAAAUUGAGGGUGCCCUGGGUUCCUUGAGGUUUGUGUUGAGGUAUUUGUUUGUUGGGACCACAUUGAGCUUUUACUUUUGACAUAAGUUAUACAACAAGGACCCUUUCACUGUCAUGCUUAUUUUUGAACUUGUUUCUUGUACAAAUGCUCCUCGCUCUUAUCAAUAUGUUUAAAGCCUUCAGCUCUUACAAAAUAAAAGUGUGAGAUGUGUAAGAUACUGAGCUUAUCCCUCUGCUCGUUACAGUUAGUACCUGAUGUAGCAAGACAAACUUGCCGGUUGAUGCAAAUGCUGUGAAACAAAAUAUAACUUCUUUUCAUGUUCACAAGUGUUGUUUUUUGAAGAUGUUGGAAACAAAUUAUUUGUUGUUUUUAUCCACCAAAAUCAAUCAGUGAUGUUGCAAUACACACAAACAAAACAAUGACACAUUGUAGAGUUGGUUCCAGUGUACAGUUGGUUCACAGUCCAUGAAUAAUCUCAGUGAUGUGAUGUUUGACAUUCCAGCCUUUUGAACCCAGCUUCAUCACCGGUAUCAUUUUAUAUUUUUGUAAAGAUUUCAUCCCAGAAGGGGGCAUUGGCAGCCCACUCAUCCAAGACACCACAAAAUUGCUAUGCAAAGUUCCGUCCUUUCGGUGUGCCAUGUUCCUAUGGUCACGGGUUCAAAUCCCAGAUUCUCCCUGAUUAUGAUCAUUGGUUUGUCAGCACCAAACCCAUGCGUGUGGGUUUUUACCAAAAUGGUAUAUGUCUGAACCUACACCACUUCAGGCUUUCCAGGCACAUUAAGUGAUGUGUGGCGAUGAUACAAAGUGAAAUAUAAGACAACUUGGUCAGUCAUUCCCUGGUGUGUUGUCUCUAUGUAAUUCUCCUUGUCUGGUUCCACAGAUUCUAUAUCAAUAGCAUCUUAUUCAGGGGUCCCUUCCACAAAGUGAUAGUAGCGGUGAUUGUAACUACAAUACUUGCACAUAAAAGGCGACUAUGCUUGUCGUACGAGGCGACUAACGGGAUUGGGUGGUCAGGCUUGCUGACUUGGUUGAUGCAUGUCAUCGAUCCCAAUUGCGUGGAUCGAUACUAAUGAUAUCAAUCACUGGAUUGUCUGGUCCAGACUCGAUUAGUUACAGACCGCCGUCAUAUAGCUGGAAUAUUGCUGAGUGUGGCGUUAAGCAACAAACAAACAAACAAACAAACUUGCACACAGACUUACGACUAUCAUAGCCUUGAAAUUGCUUUGUCAACAAUGCCAUGACUUGUUUUCCUGAGGAUUAUAAAAGUCAUGACAAGGAUAACUUUUAGAUGACAUAUGUGCUUAUUAAUAUUAUUUUUUAAGAUUUGAACAUAUUUUCUGUUUAUAUUUGAACAUUUAUGACACUGGUAAUUGAUAUAGAAACAAAUCGCCGCAUUGACAUAUUGUAAAGGGCAGAGAAAUUGUUUGUGUUUGAACAUGUUCAGCAAAUGAUUGUAAGUCUACUUACAUUGGACAAAACUUAUUACUGUUAAUUGUAUUUUCUUCUUGGAGCUCAAAUCCUUUUGAAUAUUUUAAGCUCAAAGUUAAAAGAUCUACAAUUCUUUAAUUGUUAAAACUUUCUGCAUGUUUCUUUAUACAAAUUGUCUGUGUCUAUGUCCAGGAUCUGGACGAGGAUACGGAUGUGUGUUGUACCAGUGGUUAACACCAAUCACGUCAAACCCCGUUUCUCUCCCAAACCAAUCUCAUUAAAAUAAGAUCUGGCUGCCGCUAAACAAAGAUCUGAGGACAUCCCAUUACGGGUCACGUCAGAACGACCUUUCGCGAACUUUGAUCGACCACUGAAAUGACAUACAAGAAGUCGACAUCAACCAAUUAGAAAGCAGCUUUCUCGAGCUUUACGGCACUUGUUUCAACCUGGCGACUUCCAUUUCAGGCUACACUUGAAAAAUAUGUUGACACAGUUCUCGAUUAAAAUUUUGAAAACUGAACAAACGGACAUUCCCGAAUGUCUAAUAUAUGGUUGAGAUUGUAUAGCAGUUCUUCCCACAUACUGUGCAACGUCUCCUCCGUUCAAAUGUUUAUCCCACGGAAGUGAGAGAUAGACAAAAUUAUUGACGUAAUCAGUCGUAUGGGCCAUAACUGUCGUUUGGAAUACCCCGUGUUAACGUUUUUGAGGUUGCGUGAUUAGAAAACACAUUCCGACUGUCACUUUCAGGAUCUGGUAAGCGACGCUUUGAUUGGUCGGAUGAAAGGUAGUUCUGACAUGACCCGUAAUGGGAUGUCCUUAGAUCUUUGUUUAGUGAUAGCGAGAACUGAGAUCUGAUUUUAAUGAGAUUAAUUCCAAACCUGAAUACAGUGUGUGAAGCUCAUCCCUGGUGUCUCCCAUCUUGGUAUUUCUUAGAAUAUUGCUGAAAGUAGAAUAAAACCUGACUGACUGACUCACUCACUCUCCUUAUGAUACACUCUGAAAUCAUGCUGUCUGCCCGUUCUGAACAGAGUGAGUGUGAGUGAGUGAGUAUGGUUUUACUCCGCUUUUAGCAAUAUUCCAGCAAUAUCACUGGGACACCAGAAAUAGGCCUCACACAUUGUACCCAUGUCGGGAAUCGAACCCGUGUCUUUGGCAUGACGAGCGAACGCUUUAACCACUAGGCUACCCGACCGCCCCGUUCUGGACAGAGGCCAAGGCGGACUAGUGCCCCAGAGCCAUAUGUUUCUUUUGGGGCUGAUUCAAAUGGACAUGGUCGCAAUGAGUAUGAAUAAAACAUAUUGGUGACAAUAGAGAUCAUCAACUCUGGUGCUCAUUAACUGCUAAUACACCAAGAACUGAUGCUAUCUGCCUGUUCAUGUGCUGAGGCCAGGGCAAGACAGGUCUCCAGUUAACUGAAAUGGCGACAAUGGCUUAGUAUGAAUGAUACACAUGGAUGACUUCAAGGAGUAUCUAUGGUUGUGAUCUGGUUGACUGAAGGCAACCCGUUUCAACCACUGCAUCACCAGUAUUGCACUCAUUACAUGACAUUCCUAUUAAGGGUAUUAGUGUAUGGCAACAGUACAAAAUGCCACUGUAUGAGUGUGUUCCUGUAGUUGAUGAUGAGGAUCUGUCUGAGGCUGACCCAUACCUGGGCUGUCGGGUAGCCUAGUGGUUAAAGUGUUUGCUUGUCAUACCGAAGACCCGGGUACAAUGUGUGAAGCCCAUUUCUGGUGUCCCCCGCUGUGAUAUUGCUAAAAGCGGCAUAAAACCAAAGUCACUCACUCACUCACUGACCCAUCCCUAUUGAGACAAAUACUUGCUUUUGUCACAAUAUCAUACAUGUUCUACUGGGACCAGGUACCAAUGUUAACCAAAACCCGGCUGCUUUAAAAGCAGGAAUGAUGCGGAUAGAUUGACAAGAAAUGAUGUAUUUCUUUGUGUGGAGAACCAUGAUUUAGGAGGGACGAAGUACAGGCAUCUGUGAUUAAGAAAAUGUUUUGUUUGAAACUAAAUGUAUAUAAGAUGACAAUAUUUAUAGUUCUCAAUUAAAACCAUAUGUUUAAA